UGGGCUGAGGGGCUGGGCGGGCUCUGGGUGGUGCCGCAGCCUCCUCGGCCCUGUGCGGGGGCAGACGCUGGGUGCUGCCCAGCCGGGCUGURAGCGGGUGGAACGCGUCCCUGUGAGCGCUCCCGGGGCCGUGCCGRGCUGUCCGGGGAAGGUGAGGGGGGAGCGAGGCGCUGAGAGCUCUGCCGGUSCUGGAGGAAGAUUCCUGCUGCAUUAUGUCAGGAGACAGCGACUGCACCAGGACAAGUCCAUCAGCGGGGUCUCCAUCAGACAAUGAGCUCCUGCCAGACCGGCCAAAGUAYGUUUGUUCCCUGUCCCCUGAUCUCGUUACCAAAGCCCGGGAGGAGCUUCAGGAGAAGCCUGAAUGGAGGCUCCGUGAUGUGCAGGCCCUCCGGGAUAUGGUGUGCAAGGACUAUCCCUCCCUGGGGACGUGCCUGGACGAUGCUUUUUUGCUGAGGUUCCUCCGAGCCAGGAAGUUCGAUUACGAUCGAGCACUUCAGCUCCUGGUGAAUUACCACACCUGCAGGAGGACCUGGCCAGAGGUGUUCAGUAACCUGAAGCCCUCUGCAAUAAAGCCUGUCCUGGAGUCAGGCUUUGUCACUGUGCUGCCUCACCGGGACCCGCAGGGACGCCACGUCGUCUGCAUCCGCCCAGACAGAUGGACACCCAGUAAUUAYCCGAUUACUGAGAACAUUCGUGCCAUAUACUUAACCUUAGAAAAACUCAUUCAGUCCGAAGAGACCCAGGUGAAUGGAAUUGUAAUCCUGGCAGACUACAAAGGAGUCAGCUUAUCUAAGGCGUCCCAUUUUGGUCCUUUUGUAGCCAAAAAAGUGAUUGGAAUUCUUCAGGAUGGAUUCCCCAUUCGAAUAAAGGCUGUUAACAUAAUAAAUGAGCCUCGUAUAUUCAAAGGCAUUUUUGCAAUCAUCAAGCCUUUUCUGAAGGAGAAGAUCGCAAACAGGUUUUUUCUUCAUGGCUGUGAUCUGAAUUCCCUUCACCAAAACAUUCCUCCAGUGAUCCUUCCUGAAGAGUACGGUGGUACUGCAGGGAAGCUGGACAUCUCUGCCUGGAAUGAGCUGYUGCUGGCCUCUGAAGAGGAUUUCCUGCACGAUUUCUCAGAGCUGGUGCUCCCGUGUGACAGCUCUCCCCACGACCUGCUAGUGAGUGGGGAUGCUGAUGAAAAGCAGUGUGAUGAUUCCCUUCGAGGGAUGAAACCUCAGCUCUAUUACUGUUACUAAUAGUGGAGGGAAGUUUUCCAGCACAGUUAGGAUCUGCUCUGAUAGGUGAUGUUGUGAACUCUGCCUUACUCCUAAACCUGCAGUUUAGGGACUGACUGCUGAGGCACUUUACACUGUAGAACCAAAGGAAGCUGGAGAGGGCACAAUGGGGGCAGGGCAGAGUUCGGGGAGGGUAAAAGCAGAGAGCACAAGUUUUGUGUAGAAGACUUGAGGCUCAUCAACCUCUGUGUGAAUGAUGCAAAUUGUCCUAUUCUUUCUCAUGACAAAGGGAAACAAAUAUUGCAGAUAUGUAAGCUUGACAGUUUCUUGUCCCCACCCCACACAGGUGAAAAAUGAGGAUGAUUUACGAGCUUUGUGAUAAUCUGGUCCCUUCCCCUUCUGCAAACACCAGUAACCCAAGACAAGAAAAUGGCUUUUGAACCCUGGAAAAURCAAUUCUCUAGUGAAGAUUGCUUAAAACCAUUAGUCUAAUUUGGCUGGUCCUCUGUCACAUGGUUCAGAUUGUGAGUUGGCAUUUCCGAAAUAGUUCAGUGAAUAUUUGUCUCAAUACAGAACAAAAUUUACUCAUGAAUACCUAUAUGGAGAUAUUCUCUUAAACUUUCUCACAGUUGGCAGAAGUGUGACUGAUGGAUUAAUGACCAUAACAUCUGUACCAAGGUUUAWACAGCAGGUGCAAUCUUCACUGGCAGAAAACAGGAAGUUUUUCAGAUAAURUACUAAUGAACAACAGCUUCAAAUAAUGAGGUUCAGGACCAAACAAAAAAAGCUGUGUCAGCCACCUUCCCACAAUUCUUUUCUGGUUGAGAUAAGAAAUUGGGUAAGUACCUCAUACCCAGGAUUUGUGAGGAGGUUUUGUAGCAGUUGGCAUGUGAUGUAUAGAAGGCAAUACUUCAUGUAAGACAGCAAGGUGCUGCUUUAGCUUGUUACUUUGAGCUGAAUUUGAGUUUUAAGUUUGUGAAACCAAAUGCAGAYAGGCUUUUUAAAAGCACAUUCUUAAAUUUCCUGAUAUUGUAGCAUUUUGUUCACUGUGCUUGUCAGCUCUUUUGUGAAAUGUUACAACUUGGUUUUCAACUUUGCUGACCUCUUUUGUCUUUGGUUGUCAUGUUCUUGUAUGAAGUUAGACUUGAAUCAUCUCUCUGAUAUUUACUCAUAACUUGUAUGCCUGUGCUUCUAGGUCUUUGUCUAGAGACAGAACUAACACUGAUGUCAAACCAGGGUAAGAUACCCGUGUCUGAAUAAGCUGUUCCCACUCCCCAAGUUCAUUUUGUUUAAUGGUCUUGAAUUAGAAUUUAACUCUCAGCACACUCUUUGCACACGUUUUUCUGCACURUAAUGGUGUGGAGAUGGAAAACCUCACUAGGACGAGGGAAGCACAGUUUGUUACUUCAAGGUGAAAUAAUUCACUAUUUGGUGGAAAAGAACAUCCCUUCUGAUUGGGAACUUAUUACUAGAGCACUUUCUCUGGAUGAAAUCUUGAUUUAGUGCCAAAUGUGAUUAUAGGCACCAGUUACGUUUCUGUAAAUACAAAAUUAAAUCAUCUUGAGGAUCUCAGACAUUCAUUUUUCAAAGUGCCAAACUCUGUUUUGAAUGUCUUUCUUCCUCUCAGUCCCCUUGCAGCAUGACUGCACUGCCAAAARGAGACUCCUCUACUGCUGUAAUGAUUUCCUGACCUGGCAGCAGCCCUCAUCCUGGAACUAAGGGGUGGYAAAUGCCAUACCUGUCAUCCUGACAUUAUAAAUAAGACUGGGUUCUGAAAAGGGGUAAAACCAUGAAGCUUUCUUUUUUUGGAUGGCAGUUCAGAAUUUGUAGGAGCAGAAAACUCAUCACAUGAACAGUUGUAGAUGAAAGGUGGGAAGAGAUUAAUUUUUCUCAGUGAAAGCAUCUCRUUUUUCUAACCUUUAGAAGUCAAUUGUAACUCCUCUUUGAUAGCUAUUAGCUUUAGUGCAGGGAAAAAAAACAAAACUACCAUUUUCAUUCACUUAAAAUAAGGGAAAAGAGUACUGCUAGGCAGUUACUCCUUUGUGACCAGAAUGUUCUGUGUGUUUUGGAGAAAUUAAUUCAGUUUUUUGCUACCUAGCAAGCCACUAGCACACAGCACCAGGGCUUGGACAGAUAAGUGGCUGCCCACACUGCUGAACUGCUAAAACAGAGACAGUGGUACCUCUGUUGUUUUAGUGCCUCUUCAAUUCCAGUCACAAUGUACAGCUAAAAUAAAUAGAACAGACCAUCUUACCUAGAGAUGAAGGCCUGACUGAUAGUUUUUCUUUUAUUGUGCUGCGGGGUUGGAAGAAGGGAUGUAUUGACUGUAGGAACAGCUACUGUCAUCCUCUUAUGUAACUACUAGAGAGGAAGAUUGGAUUUCAAAAUUCAAUUUAGUGCCCUUCAAAAAGAAAURAAAUCUAGUGGUGUUCAGCAGAAGGCUGAGGAACCUCUACAAAACUCACCCUUUUUCAGGCUUUUAUAUUCUCUUGCAUGCCUUAAAUAGUAGGCAGACUAGAUCCACCUAAGCCUCUUCUUUCCUCUGCUCACUAAGAAUAAAGAAUAUGAUUUAAACAUAAUAAAUAAGGCUGUAUGAUUGUGCUGGGUUUGGCUGGGGUACAUUUCUUUCACAGGAGUCAGAGCAGCCAUGRUGCUGGCUGGGGUUAAACCACAMUUGCCAAUGCUGAAAAGUGCCCGUCUUGUGCCUCCAGAACUUGAUUUUCUUAAAGCUGGCAGCUGAUGUCAGGACGCUGAAUUAAGCCAGGCUUACCUUUAUCAGCCAUCUGUUGUUCCUAAUUUGCUGGUUUUUGGCUUUAGAACUCAGCCAAGAGCCGUAGCUUCACUGAGCUGUCUUCAACCCUGGCAUAUCUCUAACCAGUGCUUGGCACACACAGAAGGCACAGCUCUGGCUUAUGUGUGCCUGGCUACAGAGCUGAGAAUGUUCUUUGAGCUUUAGCACUUUGUAGCAAAGAAAUCARUUUGUUCUCARAAUUUCUCRUGUCAGCAUUUGGAAAAYAAACAUUUGUGUCAAGUGUAGCAUCUCCUUAUCUGCAGGUUGAGAGCUAGGAAAGGCUUACAAGAUGGGGCUGAUKUUUUUGCUUGGGGCUUGUUUGGGUUUUUUUUUUUUACAGUACAAGAACCACUUUGUUCCUUCUUCCCACUUGAAAUAACUUUGUUUUCCAAGGUUAGAGAUGCCUUUCCCAGUACAGAAGCCAUCCCUGC